CGAAAUAUGUAGAGAAACGUUUUGUUUGUGCAAUGCCUAAACCACAUGAGUUGCUUGCUAGUGAAACUGCAGAAAUACUAUCCAUUGAUAGUGGCGGCGGUGAAGGUGCGCGAAAAUGGGCAGUGAAAAAGUAUCGCAGACGUGGUCAUAGAAAACGCAAGCGUUCCAGUUCAAAAUCUGAUGAGGAUGAUGAUAAUGAAUCUCUAGAUAUACCUUCAAUGUCGUUGAGUAUAUCACGUGAAGACUUACUUGUUAUUGGCGAAGAAUUAACAACAGAGUGUCUUUCAAUGCCAGCUAUUCUUGGUUCAGAUCAAGAAUCUACAGAAGGCGAAAAUGAACCAGAAGUGCUGGAUGAAAUCCCAUUUUCGAAAUUAGAUGCAAAUCUUAUGUUGUAUAAAGCGUCAAAAGUACAUAAUUUGCCCGUCAUGUGCAUGGCUUUUGCUUUGGGUGCUAAUAAGCAUUGGAGAAAUGUGAGUGAUUUCAAUCGCACUUUUCUACAUCAAGCCGUUUUGUCUGGUUCAGUUAUGGCUUGCGAAUAUUUACUUCUAAAUGGUGUACCGAUUGACGCAGUCGAUGAUAAUGGUUUAAGUGCACUGCAUAUGUCUACAGAUAAAGGUUACAUCGCACAAGUGUAUUUACUAUUGAAACAUAAAGCAAAAUAUGACACUGAAUCAAACGAUGGUAAAAAACCUUUGGAUAUUGCAGUUGAUCAACGUAAUGCCGAUAUUGUCACACUUUUACGUCUGACGCGUCUUAACGAUGAAAUCGGACUUAACGACGAAGGUAACGGAGAAGAUGAAACUUACAAAGAUGUGAUGAAAGAUUUUUCGCACUUUGCAGCAAGUCAACCACGUAUGUUGCGAAAUCGUAAUGAUACAAAUACACUCGAAUCACAACGUUCCUCAUUAACGAAUUCAGAUUAGUUUUAACCAGCUGAAAUAGUAAAAUGUAUUAAAGAUCUGCAUAUCGUUGUUAGGCAAAGAAAAUAAAGCACUGAAAAUGAACAGGAAAUUAUUUGCAUAUAUACAUACGCCAGAGUGAUUGACGUUUAGUUUUAUUUAUAACUGCUUUAAAUAUAAAAUAAUUCAAUAAUUUUACAUGUUAUUGUAUGCUUCGAAAUCAUUCGUAUUGUUAAAUAUUGA